GCGGGACCACAUGCGCUAUGUGGGAACAGAAAAGGGCCAGAGUCGAAUGGACAGAAACAUGACUGGAAGACGACAGUGACGGGCAGGUCAAAGGUGACGAUGCUGUUCAAGGCUUUAGCUGUUGCGUUGGUCGCCGUUGUGCUGUCUUAUUGCCUACGUGUGCUGUAUUCUUUGGGCUUUCACCUGCACAACUUUCAGCACAAACCAGGAGUAUGCAGGAAGGUAGAGGGAAUCCCUCCUGGUUCCGAAGACAUGAGGAUGCUGAGCGAUGGCUCUGUGUUCAUCACGUCAGGUUAUAUGACAAACCUUGCUUCCCCAAGUUUUAAGGAAUUUUAUUUCAAGCACCGGGAAAAUGGCGGUAUCUUCUUUGUGAAUUUGACGGCACCUAACGUUGAAGCCAAAGAAGUACAGAUACUGGAGAGUGCAAGCUUCCAGUUGGCAAACUUCUUCCCACAUGGACUCGACGUGGUGGAGAAUAAAGAGAGCGGUAGACACGUGAUUUUUGUUGUGAAUCACGUGAUUGGGUCGCGAGACCGCAUAGAAAAAUUUCGGUAUCUCCCCAAAACGUCACAGCUUGAACAUCUGGCGUCCUUCUCUGGGAAAGAAUUGGGUUUGUGUAAUGACGUGGCCGCCCUUAGCAAAGAUGCGUUCUACGUCACCAACAGUAUGUACAGCAACGGUCUCCCGUGGUCAAUCCUUGAAGGUCUGUCUUUCAUCAAGAAAGGUAGCAUCGUCUUUAACGACGGCUCGGGAUUUUCGGAAGUUGUCUCAAAUAUAAGACUCCCGAACGGAAUUACGAUUUCAAAAGACGAAAGCUUUGUUUACGUGGCUAUGGACAAUGACCUGUACGUGUAUCAGAGGGCAAAGGAUAACAAGCUGACCUUGAUACAGGAGGUCCUAGCCCUACCUCUCCGACAAGGCAAAGUGCUGGAGGAAGGUAUCCGGGAGCUGCUGUAUGACGAGGGCGCCCUCAUCUCAGGCUCGUCUGUGGCAGUGCCGCACCAAGGGAGGAUACUCGUGGGCUCCGUCAUGAGCAGCCUGGUGCUGUGUGACGUCAACGUUCCACUCGACUAAGUGACGCUCACUUAUUUUCCCACAGACUUACUAGAUCUAAGUUUUGUUGUUGUUUGUUUUGUUUUUGUUUUUGUUUUUUUAUCUCCCACUCAAUCCUAUAAUUAAAAUGACACCGUUUGAUUAGUAUAGCGUUUUGCACGUGAUGCAAAUUAGUUGAGUUUUUUUAAUGGGGUUUUUU